AUGACAAAUUGUUAUGAAGUUCAAUUUUUUGUUUUUGCCUAUGUUUUAGAGGUGAAUGGUGAAGCUAAAUUAGCAGCGCUACCAGAGGAGAGUAGUGGAUGGUAUAAUAAGGAAAGAUUUGUGUCGAAGGAGUUUAUGGUGGUGUCUGCACAUCCUCUGGCGACAAAGGCAGGCUAUGAUAUUAUUAAUAUGGGUGGAAAUGCAAUAGAUGCUAUGAUUGCAGUACAAUUGGUUCUUAACUUGGUGGAGCCACAAUCAUCUGGAAUCGGUGGUGGUGCUUUCCUAUUGUAUUACGACAGUUACAGCCAGAGGUUGACUUCUUACGAUGGCAGAGAGACAGCUCCGAGGAGAGCAACAGAGACACUGUUUUACAACAAGACAACUAGCCAACCAAAGUCAUUUACUGAAGCGUUGGUUGGUGGUAGUUCCGUUGGUGUACCUGGAAUAUUGGAUCGUUUGCCUCAAGACAAGAGGAUUGAAAAUGAAUUACCAAACAACGUAUCGUUUGGUGCGUUCAAUGAUUUCCAACCGAGCGAAUAUCAACCUACGCCCAGGGCAAUGCAUCUGUUCGCCGAGGCAUGUAAACUAGCUUUUGCCGACCGGAAUAGAUAUCUUGCAGAGAUGGAUUUGAAUUGGGAUUUACUGCUGGAUUCCGAUUACCUGACGACAAGAGCAUCACUCAUCAAAGAUAUAUCGAUGGGACAAGCACCAGCGGGAUCAUUCUCAAGAGAUCAAUUGUUGGUAAACAAGUCGGAAUCGGGUGACCAACCUCCUCAUGAGUUUCCAUGUACCUCACAUAUUUCCAUUGUCGAUCGAGAUGGUAAUGCCAUAUCUCUAACUACUUCGAUUGAGCAUGAAUUUGGUUCGAGCAUAAUGGUCGAAGGAUUCCUAUUGAACAACCAAUUGACAGAUUUCAAUUUUAUAUAUUACGACGAUAACACUCAAUGUUCAUUCGCAAAUAAGGUUAGACCAAACAAACGACCUAGAUCAUCAAUGUCACCAACAUUAAUCUUUAAAAAAUACAAUGAUAAUAAUAAUAGAAGUCAGUUAGUAAUGUCAAUAGGUGCUGCAGGUGGACCUUUAAUUCCCAUGGUAUUAGGUAAAUCGAUCAUUGCUACAUUGAAUUGGGGAAUAUCAUUACAAGAUAGUUUCAAUAUGGUUAACUUUGGAUCGGAUAAUAGAUUUGGACUGUCAGCAGUUGAGAUUGGUCACCUUAACCAAACAUUCUUGACUCAACUCGAACAACAGUUUGGACAAAAGAUAUUUCAAUUUGGCUCACCAACAGGUAUGCAGGGUUUUACUUACGAUACCAAAUCAAAAACAUACAUUGGUGCAUCCGAUCCGAGAAAAGAAGGAUCAGCAAUGGGAGACUAA